AUGACGUCAGCUAAAACCUUCAGCACCGUACCAGCAGGCGCGCAACAGCAGCCCACACCCUUCGAGCUGCAUGUUGAGGAACAGAAGUUGCAGGACUUCAAGACUCUGCUCAAGCUGAGUCCGGUCGCGAAAGAGACGUAUGAGAACAAGCAGAAUGCGGGCAGCCAUGGCCAGUUUGGGAUCAGCCGGCAGUGGAUCAUUGAUGCGAAGAAAGAAUGGAUGGAGAAGUUUGAUUGGCGCAAGGAAGAAGACCGCAUCAACUCUCUGCCCAACUUCAAGGCCACCAUCAAUGACGAUGGCGGUAGCAGCUACGACGUCCAUUUCGCAGCAUUGUUCUCCAACAAGCCAGACGCUAUCCCAAUCGCUUUCUUCCACGGAUGGCCUGGCUCGUUCUUGGAGUUCUUACCCCUCAUGGAAGUUUUGAGCAAGAAGUACACGCCAGAUACCCUCCCUUACCACAUCAUCGUACCAUCUCUCCCCGGCUUCGCUCUGUCCUCUGACCCGCCACUGGAUCAAGACUGGAAGGUGGCGGACACAUCCCGCAUCAUGCACAAGCUGCUUCUCUCCCUCGGUUUCGGCGCAUCAGGAUAUCUCGUUCAGGGCGGUGAUAUCGGCGCCUGGAUCGCGCGAGAGCUGGCAUCUACGUACGUCGAGUGCAAAGGUAUGCAUCUCAACUUCAUGCACACAGUCGACAUCAAAUCCUACUCUUCACCUGAAGACGAGCUCAGUGCAGCGGAGAAGAAAGGUCUUGAGAGGAUGAACGAGUUCAUGGAAGUAGGCAAGGCCUAUGCAGUUGAACACGGCACGAAACCUUCCACCAUUGGCCUCGUACUGUCCAGUUCCCCUAUGGCGCAACUGGCGUGGAUCGGCGAGAAGUUUAUGGCGUGGACUGAUCCAUCUACCACGCCUUCCGUCAACACAAUCUUGUCGGAUAUCACGCUGUAUUGGCUUACUGGCUGCUACCCAACGUCAAUCUACACAUAUCGAGAGGGCAAGAAAGUCAAACAUGUGGACAAGCCGACGGGUUACAGCUAUUUCCCAUAUGAGCUUUCGCCUGUUCCGAAGGCCUGGGCGGCGAGGACAGCGAACCUGGCGUUCUUUAGGGCGCACGAGAAGGGCGGUCAUUUUGCGGCAUUGGAGAGGCCCGAGACGCUGUGGGCAGAUGUCGAGGAGUGGGUCAAGAUGGCUUGGAAAUGA